AUGCGGGCUGAAACUGACAUCUCAGCUCGAUCAAACAACGUCGGAAUCAUGCUCGCUCGCCUUCGACUCUCCCCUCUCCGCAUCAAGACGGCCAUACUCGAAUGUGACGAGGAGACACUUUCAGUCGACGACCUCGCCAUGCUCGUCCGCAUGCUUCCUUCACCAGAAGAAGCAGAGCGCCUCCGCACUUUCGAUGGGGGCAUUACUAAGCUUGCCAAGCCGGACUCAUUCCUACGAGAGAUCAGCACCAUUCCGCGCAUCAAGGACAGGAUCGAGGCGAUGGUUUUCAAGCAGCGGUUCGAGUUGCAUAUCGCGGAGCUGGUACCGGAUCUGGCGAUCUUGAGGUCGGCGAUGAUGGAGGUGCGGGAGAGUGAGCGGUUUCGAGAGGUGCUGGCGCUCGUUCUGAGGUUGGGGAAUAGGUUGAAUGGGGGAACGUUCAGGGGAAACGCGAUGGGUUUCAGAAUGGGUGAUCUGCUCAAGAUGAAAGAGACGCGGACGAGUCAGCCAAAGUGUCCGACCCUGCUGCACUACCUCGCUUCGACGCUGUUGAAGGUCAAUGCGCAGUUGAUUCUAUUCUCGGAGGAGAUGUCAAGUCUCGAAGCUGCAGCUAGGUGUGAGUUGACCCCGUCCAGUGCCACCCCUUUGUAG